UAAUUCUCGGACAAUUAGCCCUACUGUCAAAAACACCUUUUUGACAAACUUUACUCCUACGCCUUUCUCUAUCCAUCAGCCUCCCCUUUAUUUCCACACCCUUUUCUUCCACACCAAACAAACCUAGUUUCAAUUUUGCAGGUCAUGGGUUCGGGGAACUUUCUUCAAGUUGUGGCCAACAACUUCGAUGUUCUUGCUCUGCCAGUGGUUUGUCUGGUGUAUCCACUUUACGCUUCGAUCAAGGCUAUCGAGACGAAGUCAAUUGUGGACGACCAGCAAUGGCUCACUUACUGGGUUUUGUACUCACUCAUGACUCUCUUCGAGCUCACGUUUGCCAAAGUUUUAGAAGUGGUUGCGGUUUGGCCAUACGUGAAGCUGAUAAUAAUGAGCUGGUUGGUGCUACCACACUUCAAUGGAGCAGCCCACGUUUACAAGAACUUCAUUAGGCCAUACUAUAUGAACCCACAAACUUCGACGCUAUGGUAUAUCCCUCAAAAGGCCAAAGAAAUUUUCAGUGCCCCAGAUGAUGUUUUAACUGCAGCUGAGAAGUACAUGGAACAACAUGGAACUGAAGCUUUUGAAAGGCUUAUGCACAAGCAGCAGGCUGAAAGAGAUAGGCCGAGGAGGAACAACAAUUACAUGAUAUUCGAUGAUGAUUACGUAUAUUGAUUGAAUUGUGUACUUGUAACUCGCUGAUGGAUGAUGUGUAAGAGGAUGGUUUAUGCAUAACUUUAUGAACUUGCAAGAUCA